AUGUCGCCAACGAGAUGUUUAGUAGCUGGAUGGGGAAAAAAUGAGUUUUCUUCAUCUGGAAAAUAUGAAAUGAUAUUGAAAGAAAUUGAUUUACCUUUAGUCGAUUCCAAUGUCUGUGAAAGGCAACUUCGAGCUACCCGCCUUGGAAGAAGGUUUAGAUUAAAUAAAUCAUCUUUUGUAUGCGCAGGAGGAGAACAAGGAAAAGAUUCUUGCACUGGAGAUGGUGGAUCGCCUCUUGUAUGCUUAGUAAACGAAAAUUGGUAUUUGGCUGGUCUUGUUGCAUGGGGAAUUGUUGUUACCUCACAAACAUCUUGUGAGAAUGGAUUGGAAUCUUGCUGUCCACCAGAAGGCUACAAUUGUGGUAUGAAAUAUCCUCCUAUUGAUGGGUCAAAUGAACCAGCAACAGUGAUUUUAGCUCCUGGAGAUACUUAUCAAGGAUCUGGAGUUAUAAUUGAUCAUCUCCAUAUUUUGACAAUAGCUCAUCGUGUGAGCUCUUUUGUGUCAAAUCCAACACAGUUAAAUGUUCGUUUAGGAGAAUGGGAUGCAUCAUCAAAUGGAGUGCUUGAGCCACAAGAAUAUAACAUCAAUCGGAUAUUUAUUCAUCCACAAUAUCAAACUUCAAAUUUGGUAAAUGAUAUUGCGAUAUUACGAACAUCCGAAGCAAUCAACCUUGGAUCAAUCCCAACAAUAGCAACAGUUUGUUUGCCAAGCACGUCAGUUACAAAUAUCAGAUGUAUGGUGUCUGGUUGGGGUCGCAAUGAUUUCUCAUCGACUGGUACAUAUCAAGCAAUUAAAAAGGAAGUAGAUCUACCACUACUGAAUCCAUCAACUUGUCAAAAUCAACUACGUGCUACUCGUUUGGGCGCUAAUUACAACCUAGAUUCUAACAGCUUUGUUUGUGCUGGCGGCGAACGUGGAAAAGAUGCCUGUACUGGUGACGGCGGAAGUCCAUUAUCAUGUCUUAUUGCAGGAAAUUGGUAUGUAAUUGGAUUGGUAUCGUGGGGAAUUGGCUGUGGGCGACAAAACGUUCCGGGUUUAUAUGGCUCCUAUCCUUGGCAAGCUGUUAUAUUAGAUCCAAAGGGUGAAGUUUAUAUUGGGUCAGGAGCUCUUAUAAACAACCGGAAUGUCAUAACUGCAGCGCAUAAGAUAAAUUCAUUACAAAACAAAAGACUUAAAGUUCGUCUGGGUGAAUGGGACGCAUCGUCCCCUUCAGAACCAAUUCCAUCACAAGAAUUCACCGUCAUUAAAAUAUUUAUCCAUCCACAAUUUUCUGAAUUAACAUUGCAAAAUGACAUUGCAAUCCUUCGAUUAUCUAAGCAAGUUGAAAUUGGCUCUUCCCCAGUUAUUGGAACAAUUUGUUUGACUUUAAAUCCAGUUACAAAUAUGAGAUGCUUUGUAGCAGGUUGGGGCAAAAACGAUUUCGAAAGUGGAUCUUAUCAAGCAAUAAUGAAAGAAGUUGACGUCCCUAUAAUUGAUCCGUAUACAUGUCAGGUUCAAUUGAGAGAGACGAGACUUGGCCAAAAAUUUGUUUUAGACACAAAAAGCUUUGUUUGCGCUGGUGGCGAAUUUGGAAAAGAUGCAUGUACUGGUGAUGGCGGAAGUCCUUUGGUAUGUAAUCUGAACAAUAGAUGGUAUCUUGUAGGUCUGGUUGCUUGGGGAAUUGGCUGUGGUCAAUAUAACGUUCCAGGUGUUUAUGUCAAUGUCCCAAAUUUCAUAUCAUGGAUUGAAAAAAUUAUGAAAUUGAAAACAUGA